AUGGUCUUAUCACAGAAAGAAUCAGGUGCUGUUUUCACAUUUGGGAAAAGCAAGUUUGCAGAAGAUAUACCUAGCAAGUUCUGGUUCAAAAAUGACAAGCCUGUACUUAUAUCAUGUGGAGAUGAACAUACUGCUAUUAUUACAGGGAAAGGUAAACUGUACAUGUUCGGCAGUAAUGACUGGGGCCAGUUAGGACUAGGAUCAAAGAACACUGUCAACAAACCAACAUGUGUUAAAGCUUUAAAACCAGAAAAACCAAAACUUGCUGUUUGUGGAAGAAACCACACUUUAGUUUACACAGAAAAAGGAAAUGUGUAUGCUGCUGGAGGUAACAGUGAAGGUCAGCUGGGAUUAGGUGACACAGAGGAAAGGACCACAUUUCAUUUAAUUAGUUUUUUCACCAACCAGCACAGGAUCAAACAGCUGGCAGCUGGAUCAUACACCUCAGCAGCAGUAACUGAGGAUGGGCAGCUCUUUGUGUGGGGUGACAACUCAGAAGGUCAGAUUGGCUUGGCCAGUGAAACCUGUGUCAGUGUCCCUUGUCAAGUGGAUAUUGGAAAACCUGUUUCCUCUGUAUCCUGUGGAUAUUAUCACUCUGCCUUUAUAACAGGGGAUGGUGAGCUCUAUACUUUUGGAGAACCUGCAAAUGGGAAACUGGGAUUAUUGCCUGAACAGCUGAAGAACAAUAGAGUCCCACAGCCUGUACUGGGAAUUAUGGAAAAGGUUACUAAAGUAGCUUGUGGUGGAGAACACACAGUGGUGCUGACAGAGACAGAUGUUUAUACUUUUGGACUUGGACAAUAUGGGCAGCUGGGACAUGGGACUUUUGUUUUUGAAAGUUCAGUACCAAAGUCUGUGAAACACUUGAAGAGGCAUAAAAUACGUAAUGUUGCAUGUGGGGAAAAUCAUACUGCUGUAAUAGCAGAGAAUGGCCUCAUGUUUACUUUUGGAGAUGGACGACAUGGCAAGUUAGGCUUUGGAGAAGAGAGUUUUAGCAAUCUGUUUGAUCCCACUCUGUGUUACAAUUUCUUGAAGUUUACAGUCCUUUUGGUUGCUUGUGGUGGUUGUCACAUGCUAGUUUUUGCUGCUCCAAGACCUAAAGGAUCUGAAGAAGUACUCUUAGAAGAUUUGUAUGAGAGAGGUUUGACUUCUACUGUCCCUAAAAUAACUGGAGAGUUUGUACUAGCAAACACCUUACAGCUCUCGGCAGCACGAAUACGACGUCGGGAGAGGGAAAGGUCCCCAGGACAGUUUGCUCGAAUGGCACAAACUCUGCCUGCACUGGGAGAAAGCUUCUUAAAGUCUUCAUUGCCUGUGACUAGCAACACUAGCCCCUUCUGUUUUUCUUCAACAAGUCUUCCUAAAGCUGAAUCUGUGAUGGGCAGAGACCACGAAAAAGAAAAUAAUCAUCAAAAAGAUGAAGCUGGUGAAGUCUCUGCAGAAGAAGACUCAGAUAAUGAAAAUAUGGACAGAAACCUUGGAGAUACAACUGACAUUCUAAAUAUGACACAUGCAAUGAAAUUGAAUCCUGGUGACUGGUCCUUAGAAUUAUCACCACUCCAAAAGCAGAAGAAGAACAAUAAAAAUGUGAAACUGAAAAGCAAUGGUAAGGGUGGGCUGAAAAACAAGGAUUCUGAUGUCACGAAGGAGGGCUCAAAAUUAGACUCUGGCUCUUUACAAAAGCAGACCUCACUUUCAGCAUCCUCAGGACAAGAUUUAGAAAAGCCUAGUGCCUUUGCAGGGAAUCCUGUGGCCAAAAAGAGUACAACUAAAAGUAAAUCUGAGCUUGCACGAAGUGUUAGUACUUUGAAAAGUGAUGUUCAGCAGAUUACUGAGGACAAAAGCAGAUUAGUGAUAAGGGAAAAAGAAUAUGUGGAAAACCCUGAAUUUUUCAAAGAGGAUGUAAGUUAUAAUCUUCCCACUGAAAAACAAAUUCUGUCUGUAAAAGCAAAUUCUUCCAAUAACAAGUCCAAUGCUGUUAAACCUAAGCAAUCCCUUAAAAUAGAGGUACUUCCUUCUGCAUCUGGGGAUCAGCCCCAGACUGAUUCACUAACUGUACAAAAAUACAGUCCUGUUAAAAAGCAAGGAAGUCAAGAAACAAUAGCAAGUCAGAACAAAAUAAAGGGUGUUGCUGAAAAAUCUGAUAAAUGUGAAAGUAUAUGUGUCAAAGGAGAAGAAAGUAGUGCAGAGCAGAAGGAGUUUAAGAAAAAGGAUGAAGUUUGGAAACAAGUAUCUGUAAGUAUGUCAUCAUCUUCAAGUGAGGAAAGUGGGAACGGUCUUGAAAAAUAUGUACUUAAGAUUGAGAAAAAAGAAGAGCACCACCAUCACUACUAUGAAGGAAGAGAUGUCCAGAAGGGCAGGAGAACAGUAGAACAAGUGAAAGAUUUGGACUUAGAAAAAGUAGACAGUGAGAUAGAGGAGAUACAAACUACAAACAAUGACAAAGAAUGUGUUGGAGAGACUGUUAUAAAAAUCCAGAGUGAGGAAGAAACAACCUCUGAAGCUAAAUCUGAUGAACACAGGCAGUUAGAAAUUAAGAAUGAGGAAGAAUCUGAUCAAGAACAGGAGAGUGAAGGCAGUGAAAAGGAUGAGAGCGAAAAAGAAAAACUAGAUGAAACAAUUGACAGUGAAGGUAAACUAGGGGAGGAAGAAGAAGAGAGUGAGGUCAAAAAAGAUAGAGAUGAAGUUUCAGUCGAAAGAGAUGAAGAUGAAGAGGAAAAAGAUAAUGAGGAAGAAAAUGAAAAGGAGGAAUCACAGGCUGAAAGAGACAGUGAGAAUGAGGAUGCAGAAGAGGCUGAAGAGAUUAUUCAGGAGGAUGACAAAGAUCAAGGAGAUGAGAAAGGCAGGUUGAUGGAGGAAGAAGAAAUGCUGAGUGAGGGAGAAAAGGAGGAUAUGGAGAAGUAUGCAAAAGAUGAAGGCACUGAAAAACAAAAGGAGGAACAGGUUAAAAGUGAGGGAACAGAUGAGAGUGAGGAAGGAGGUGAGAAGGAUAGAGAGGGGGAGGAAGAAAAAGAGGAGGAGGGGGAAAAUGAAGAAGAGGAAGUUGAACAAGAGGGAGAAGGAGUGGAAGAAGGUGAAGGAUUAAAGGAGGAAGAAGAAGAGGUAGUUGGAGAAGAUGAGGGAGAAGAGGGAGCUGAAGAAGAGGGAGGUGAGGGAGAAGAGGGAGUAGAAGAAGAGGGGGAUGCUGAAGAAGGAGGAGUGGAAGAAGAAGAGGGAGAAGGAGGAGUGGAAGAAGAAGAAGAGGGAGAAGGAGGAGUGGAAGAAGAAGAAGAGGGAGAAGGAGGAGUGGAAGAAGAAGAAGAGGGAGAAGGAGGAGUGGAAGAAGAAGAAGAGGGAGAAGGAGGAGUGGAAGAAGAAGAAGAGGGAGAAGGAGGAGUGGAAGAAGAAGAAGAGGGAGAAGGAGGAGUGGAAGAAGAAGAAGAGGGAGAAGGAGGAGUGGAAGAAGAAGAAGAGGGAGAAGGAGGAGUGGAAGAAGAAGAAGAGGGAGAAGGAGGAGUGGAAGAAGAAGAAGAGGGAGAAGGAGGAGUGGAAGAAGAAGAAGAGGGAGAAGGAGGAGUGGAAGAAGAAGAAGAGGGAGAAGGAGGAGUGGAAGAAGAAGAAGAGGGAGAAGGAGGAGUGGAAGAAGAAGAAGAGGGAGAAGGAGGAGUGGAAGAAGAAGAAGAGGGAGAAGGAGGAGUGGAAGAAGAAGAAGAGGGAGAAGGAGGAGUGGAAGAAGAAGAAGAGGGAGAAGGAGGAGUGGAAGAAGAAGAAGAGGGAGAAGGAGGAGUGGAAGAAGAAGAAGAGGGAGAAGGAGGAGUGGAAGAAGAAGAAGAGGGAGAAGGAGGAGUGGAAGAAGAAGAAGAGGGAGAAGGAGGAGUGGAAGAAGAAGAAGAGGGAGAAGGAGGAGUGGAAGAAGAAGAAGAGGGAGAAGGAGGAGUGGAAGAAGAAGAAGAGGGAGAAGGAGGAGUGGAAGAAGAAGAAGAGGGAGAAGGAGGAGUGGAAGAAGAAGAAGAGGGAGAAGAAGGAGUGGAAGAAGAAGAGGGAGAAGGAGAAGAAGGAGAAGAGGGAGAAGGAGAAGAAGGAGAAGAGGGAGAAGGAGAAGAAGAAGAAGAAGAAGAGGGAGUAGAAGAAGAAGAGGGAGAAGAAGGGGAAGAAGAAAAAGAGGAAGAGGGUGAGGAAGAACAAGAAGAGGAAGAGGUGGAAGAAGGAGAAGAGGAGGAAGGGAAUGUAGGGGAGGAGGAAGAAGGGGAUGAGGGAGAGGAAGAAGAAGGGGAAAAAAGCAAACCCAUGAAACCAGAAAGGACAGAAAGUACUACUUUAACAAACAGCUCUAAACAAAAGAUAAAGUCCAAACAACAUGUAACAAAUGGUUUACGUAAUUCAGAACAAUUUUGGAACAAUGUGCUACCUCAUUAUUUAACACUCAAGUAG